AUGAGUGACGAUAUAAAUAAUAAAUUGGUUAACUAUUUAAUUCAUAAACCAAAAGAUUAAGUUAUAGAUAAGUUUGAAGAAUAUUUUAGCUUUCUCAAUAAUGACGAGCCUUCAUGGAUUUUAUACGAAGGUAUUUUAUAUCCUUCAGUAAGUGUAGCAUUUUAAGGGGCAAGAGCUUAGGAUUUUGAGAUAAAGUAGAAAAUAGCAGAUGUAGAUUCUCCUGAUGAUCUCAUAUUACUAGCUUCUGAAAUCGAAGAUCCUCCUGAUUGGGAGAAUAGAAGAUUAAAAGUCAUGGAAAUUCUAAUUAGAGAUAAAUUUCGUCGUUCUCUUGAAUUGAGAGAGAGAUUAAGACUAACUGAAGAAAAGUAGCUAGUUUGCAGAUUUUUCGAAGAAUCACCUAGUAAUUUGUUUUGGGGUAUAGUUGGAAGCAAAGGAUAAAAUUAGAUAGGAAGAAUUUUAGAAAAGGUUAGAGGAGAUAUUCAUUAAAAUGUUGAUUUGAAAAAGUGGAUGUAAACUAAAUUUCCUUUGCAAUAGGACAAGAUUUUGUUACCAGUAAUCACUUUGAAUGUUUCAAAAGAUGGAGAAUAGAUUGAAACUAUAACAUUAAAAGAAAGAAGUUAUUAUUAUAUGGGCUAAUAUAAAACAAAUAGCGUUAUCCUGGCUCAUCCAAGUAUUUCUCGUUUACACGCUUGUUUGAUCUGUGAGGAAGGUAAUAAAGUUAGACUUGUUGAUAUGGAAUCUAAAUCAGGUUCUUUUGUUAAUGGGGAGAUAUUAGAGAAGCUUUUUGAUAAAGAAUUGCAGACAGGAGAUAUUUUGACUUUUGCUUUAUCUACUCGCUCUUAUGAGAUUAAUAUUGAUUAUACUGCAGCUAAGUAAGAGUUGCAAAAAAGAAGCAUUCAAUUACAACAGUAAGUUAAGCAACUUUAGAAAUUGAACUAACCUUCGAUUACUCCUGAAGAACUUCGUAGAAUUAUGGGAUUUGAUAUUGAUAAUACUUUAUUUAUCAGUGGAUUACCUGAUAAUGCUACUGUUUUAGGUAUUAGAGAAAUGUUUGAGAGAAUAAGUGAACCUAAAAACAAGGAUGAAAAUGAAAAGAAAAAAUUUUAAGGAAUUAAAAUCAAAGUUUAAGAAGUAAAAAUUCCUGUUGACAAGUGGUCAGGAAGACCAAAAGGCUUUGCUUAUGUUACAUUUUAGACCAGGGAAGAUUUUAAUAAUGCACAAUUGUACUCCUUUGGUUUGAAGUAUGGGGAAGUAAAGCUUAAAGUUAAGGUGGCAGAUAAGGAUAAAUCUGCUUAAUUAAUGAAUAUUUGCAAGAUUAAAGAUGGAAAUAAUAACGAUGAAGACUCUAAAAAAAGAUACGAUGAUAAAAGAGGCAGUGAAAGAAGUAGAAGAGAAAGAAGUUCUGAUAGACAUAGGGAUAGAAGCUCUGAGAGAUAUAGAGAUAGAGACUCAAAAUAUAAAAGAAGAUACAGCAAAUCUAGAUCAAGAUCAAACGAUAGAAAACUUAGAGAUAAGAAUAGAGUUAGUAAGUUUGAUAAUAAUAACCAAGACAAAGAACAAAAAAGAGAAAGAGAAGAGGUUAAAAAUGAAUAGAAUUAGGAUUUGGAAAAAAAGCAAAAUAGUGAAGACGCUUAGAAAAAAGAAGAAAAAGAGCCAUCAAGCAAAGUUAAGGAAAACAAAGAUAAAAGAAAAAGAAGCGACAGUAGAGAUAAUAACAAAAAGUAAGACAAAAGAAGAGAUAGAUCUGAGUCAAAGAGCAAAAAUUAAAAAUCAUCUUCUCGUCAUGAAAAACACAAGAGAAGAAGUUAAUCUCCUAAAUAAAAGAGAGGUAGCUCUUAAACAAAAAAUGAAUCAAAAAAAUCUACUAAACAUUCUAGAAGCAGAUCAAGAGAAAGAGAAAGAGAUAGGGAAAGAGAUAGAGAUAGAAAAGAUAACAGAAAGAGUAAUAAAGAUAGCAGAAAAUCAACUUCAAGAGAUAAAAAAUAACAUAGAAAGAGCUCAUCUAAAGAUAGAAAAAAACAAGAUGAAUAAAAUAAUAAGUCAAACAAAGCCUCAGAGUUACCAAAGAAAAGUGAUAAAUAAGCUGAUAAAGAUUCAAAGGCUAAAACUGAUAAACAAUUAGCAGAAAAACAAAGCGAAAACUAAGUCAGUAAAAGAGAAGAGAAAGAAACAAACCAAAAAGCUAAAUAAACUAAAGAAAAAAAGAGAAAAGAAAGUGUAUCUUCAAAUUCAUCUUCAUCUUAAUCUUCAAGAUCUUCAUCUUCUUCAAAUUCAUCUAAUUCAAGAUCAUCUUCUUUUUCUUCUUCUUCAUCUUCUCAAAGCAGUAGUUGA